GUAUAACUGCCACUAUAUGACAAACACAUUCGCCGUGGAUCCUCCACAACCCCAAAGGGUGACAUACGAGCCCCCACGAGAUCCGAUGUCGCUCUCACAGGCCUCACGGCCGUCUCCACAAGCGGAUUCAUUCUCAGACCAUUUGAGACUAAGAAGUAUUCCAGUACGACAAGAGGGACCAUCGUUGUCCAGAGCUGGUUCCCGCUAUCAAACAAGUACAUUUCAUGGAACCAAGACGAGCACCACUGUGAUGGGAAUUUGGACCGGUUCCGAUAGUAAGAGAAUCUUCAACAUCCCUAAACGAGUCUUCCAAUGGAUCUAUUCCAUAUCUUUGGCGCUUUUGGUGAUCAUCAUGUUAUCAUUUGUGGCAGUCACUCCCAUAGAUGUGAUUGUGCAGACCACUGCAAGCUCUUCUCCAGCGGUAAAGGUGUUUAUUGUGAUCAUCGUGUGUGUUGUGUUCUUGGUAGCAUCCAUGUUUUGGUACUUUGUGCGGAUUUUCCAUGUCAGGAUGGCGUUGAACGAUAUUCCCAGCAAGUCUGUAUACGUGCCAUUCCAAGGAGAUUUGCCGAAAGAUGCUGUGAAAAUGAUUGACGAUAAUCUUCGUCGUUGCAUAGGUGAGAUAAAAUUACGGGCUGGCCCGUUGUAUAAUGAAGAUGUGAUUCUUAAUCAUCCAGGAAUGGCUCCCCCGGAGUACAUUCAAAGAAGAAACAGGAAAAGGUUGGAGAGGAAGACUCUAUUCACCACCGAGAAGCAAACUAAUAACCACGGAACCUCUCUUCCUCCAAAGUCCAAUUAUCAAGACAUCAUACGAAGCAUCGGUGACAAGUUCAUGCAUGGAGGUGGACGGGUUUUGACCGAGGUAGAAAUCCCCCAUAAUUUUUCAAUGAGAGAAAUCGUCAUUUAUUUAGCACGCAUUUACAUGGAUCCCGAAAACAUGGAAAACCAAGACUCCGAUUUUGUCAGGCCGAACUUGAAGAGAACCAUCGAAUUAUAUGAAAAGUUUCGGUUUGGUCCCGAUUUAAUCAAAGAACCCGAGUUAUGGGAGUUCAUGAUCAAUUUUGAUAGAUUGGCCCGGGUAUGCCUGAGUGAUUAUCACGAGAGAAUCAAGAAAACCCGCCCAGGACGUUCGAAGGUAGACCAGACUCAAGAAGUGAUAGAGCAGUCAAUGAAGGGUCAAGCAUACGUUGGUAGGAGUGAUGCUUCUGCGGCGCACCCAUUCUUUUAUGACGAGGAUGACAGUGGAUACAACACUGAUGCUGGGGAGAAUUAUCAGGGCAAUAGAGAUGAUUCCAGCACGUUGGAAUCCGUAAUUAAUCCAAACGAAAGGGCAAAGAACUACUCUGCCAACAACCUUACAGUUGACGGCUGGAAUCAGAGAGAUAAUACCAGUUUCAUUAGUGGCACCAGUCGCACUAGCGGUCGGGUGCUGAUCAAGGACAAGUUGGCAAUAAGAAGAGACUCCUCUUCCAAAAGACUUACCAGGCUGGGAUUGCUGCACGUGCAGCUUUCAUUUGAUGGAGACUUGGAAUCGGUAAAGAGGAGAAACAGUGGCUAUAUCACCGACAACGAAGAGGGAGAAGAGGGCGAGGAGAAGAACGAGCGAGUGUUUGGAAGUCCAGAGAUAGAAGAUGACGAUGAAGACGACGACGAAUUGGAUAUCUACAACUUUCGGUUCCGAGGCCGUGGCGGAUGACACUUCUAAUUGCACACCCAUGAUUUAAUUAUACACACCUUGCAUGUUGGGUCUAAUUUCGGGCCCCAAAAACCUAACUAAUAAUACAUACCCCAUAAUUAAUCAAAUUUUAUUGGAUCGUGGAAGUUCCUCUUCGUGGGAUACUGUUUUAGCGAUCUCAGGGAGACCACCAUGCCAGAAGCAUUCCAAAAUGGGGGGAAAAUUUUUUGGAAUCUUAAACACGAUAACUCUUUUCGGUGCAACCGAAUUUAGUCGAAAAUCAAUACGUUUUGCUUCAAUAAAUAUUUUCUGUUGCAUGUAUCCCAAUAUAGAUCAAGUUUUUGCUUGAAUAGA